UGUAGCCUACGUACUUGUGGGUCGAGCCGAUCAUUUUUUGGCCCACACAAAAAAUAGGCUAGCUCGAUCUGACCCGUAAAAUAUCAAAGCCUAUACGGAUUAGCGGCUGGGUAGCCCAUAUUACAGCUCUAGUUACGGGUGAAAUCAAAUUAUCACAAAGUGGCGAAAUGAUUCCGCCACUCCUGCGGACGUUAGCAACAGGCUCCAUUGUUCUUCUUGGUGGAGCUAUCUCUAUCUCUGCACUCACCACUUCAGUCCUUCGCCGUAAAGCCUUAAUUAAUAAGGAGAAGUUUGGGAAGCUUUGUUUGUAUUGCAGAGGUAAAGGAUUUUAUAAAUGUAAGCUUUGCAACGCAAAUGGUACAAUAAAAUGGUCACCCCUUUAUGAUCCUCUAUUUAUAAAUCCAUGUGUUUGUCCUACUUGUGAGGGAAACAAGAUUCAGCGAUGUCUCAAUUGUUUGGGAGAUGGAAGGGUUUAAUUUAAGACUGAAAUGCACUCUACCUGUUCGAUAAAAGUACAAUACCAACAUUUGGAAUUCAGAGGUGUUUUUUCCCUUGAAAAGUUGCGGAGAGGUCAAAUAGAAAAUGAUUAUAAGACGGAGAAUCAAAUCCAGUUUAGUUAGUCAACCAACGAAUAGUUCCCAUUUCAAAGGUGUAAUUCUUGAGCAAACAUUUUUAUUAAGGAUGAUGUUUAGUUUUAAGAAAGGCUCAUUUUGGGUUUUGAUAUAAUAUCAUAAUACAGUC